AUGGUGGGCGGAGCUAUUCUGCUUGCGCUCUCAACCGCAGCAGUGCUGGGCGCUGUGGCUGCAGGUGGUGGUUCUGGCUGCCGUUGCCGACCACGCGAACCCUGCUGGCCAUCCGCGCAGGCCUGGCAAGGACUGAACCGCUCAGUAGAUGGCGCCUUAGUGGGAUUGAAGCCGUUCAGCUUUCCUUGCCAUGACCCGAACUUCGACGCCGCCGCCUGCGAUUCGGUUCGGCUGCAGUCUAACGGCUCUAUCUGGCGUGCCUCAAACCCCGGCGGCGUGCAAUGGGAAAAUUGGGACGCCCUCCCGGCCGAGAACCAGACCUGCUACGUCCACUCUGCCCGCGGCAUCCCCUGCCGUCAAGGCCGCGUCCCCGUGUACGCGGUGCUGGCGCGACGUGCGGAUCACGUACAAGAGGCAGUCCGGUUCGCGGCUAAGAACAAUAUCAAGCUCGUCAUCAAGAACUCGGGUCACGACUACCUGGGCCGCUCCGCAGGCCGGGACUCGCUGCAGAUCUCCACCUACCGGCUCAAGAACAUCGCCUUCACCGACAACUUUGUCACCAAAGGCCCGCACGGCCGCGAAGUGUCGCACGGCGCUGCUGUCCACGUGGGUGGCGGCGUUGGGCUGAGAGAGCUCUACAAUGCGGUGGGGGAGAGAAAUCUGGUGGUCGUAGCCGGACUGUCUCACACCGUCGCCGCCGCUGGGGGCUACGUACAGGGAGGGGGCCACUCGCCGCUGGGUGCUUGGAAAGGCAUGGGCUCGGACAAUGCUUUGGAGUUUGAAGUCGUCACUGCCGAGGGCAAGCUAGUCAUCGCCAACGAUCAACAGAACUCUGAUCUCUUCUGGGCGCUGCGCGGCGGCGGCGGCGGUACCUUUGGCGUCGUCACCCGCGUGACGCUGCGCACAUGGCCCGAUGUGCCCAUUCAGCGGACCGUUUACGGCAUCGAGGUGCCACGACAGUACGAGUCGGUCUUCUGGGCCGCGCUGGCGGACUUCCACCAUCACCUGGUUGUGCUCAACGACGCGGGCGGGGCCGGCUACUACGACAUCAAGCCCUCGCCGCUUAAUGCGACCGCUCCGCUAGCUCUCUCGGGCAUCCUGCAGUUCGCGAACCGCACCGAUACGGCGGCCAUCCAGGCGCUCUGCAAGCCUCUCCAGGCGGCCUGGAACGCCACGCUUGCCGGCGUACCGGGCGCCUGGAGCUACUUCGUGGCGGACAAGCUCCACAACUCGACCCGUGACAUGUUCAACGAGUACCUCCCUAAGGACCGCGACACCCUAGGCGGGACCGUCAUCCUGACCUCGCGCCUGGUGUCGCGCGAGCUGUUGUCGACGCAGGAAGGGGCCGUACGGCUGUCCGACACGCUCUCGCGGCUCAAGCGUUCCCCCAGCAGGGUCAUCACUGGCCACGUCGUUGCGGGCGGGGCCCCCGCCGGGGCGAUCCGCCAGCAGGGCAGCGGCGGCGAGGACGCGACCGGCCUGAACCCGGCGUGGAGGCGCACGCUGACCCACUUAACCGCGGGCCGGGGGUGGGACCCGGCCGUGGCCACCUGGGAGGAGCAGCGGGCCAUCAUGGACAGCGUGACUAACGGCGACGGCGCCCUGCUGCGGGCCCUCGAGCCCGACAUGGGCGCCUACCUUAACGAGGCCGACGUCAACGAGCCCAACUUCCAGCAGGCCUUCUGGGGCUCCCACUACCCGCGCCUGCUGCGCGUCAAGCAGCGCUGGGACCCCCGGGGGCUCUUCAUCGUCAAGUCCGGUGUGGGCAGCGAGGGCUGGGACGCCGAUGGCCUGUGCCGGCUUAAGUAA